UUCUGUGUAUUCUCUCUCAGUUCUAUUUUCGAUUAUCAGUAAUCCAAGCAAAUCCAAAAAUGCCAGGAGGUGUCAUUACUCCUUCAUCUGCCGGAAAAGAUUAUCCUGGAAACCUUACAUGCAAGGUCUUCCUAACAUGUAUUAUUGCCGCUACUGGAGGUCUAAUCUUUGGAUAUGAUCUUGGUAUAUCAGGUGGUGUCAUUUCCAUGGAUGCGUUUUUGAAGAAGUUUUUCCCAGCAGUUUACAAGAAAGAGUCGUCGAUCAAACCAUCAGAUGAUCAAUACUGCAAAUAUGAUAACCAAAUACUAACAUUGUUUACCUCUUCUUUAUAUCUGGCUGCCCUUUUCUCAUCAGUUUGUGCGGGUACUAUAACUCGACUUUUGGGAAGAAGGGUUAGUAUGUUUUUUGGUGGACUACUUUUCGCAGUGGGUGCAGUCUUUAAUGGCUUUGCUAUCAAGGUCUGGAUGCUUAUUGUAGGUCGAUUGUUACUUGGCUUCGGUAUUGGUUUUGCCAAUCAGUCUGUUCCAAUUUAUCUAUCAGAAGUUGCUCCCUACAAGUACAGAGGAUCUUUGAACAUGAUGUUUCAAUUGUCAAUAACAAUUGGAAUUCUGGUGGCUAAUCUUUUGAAUUAUUUAUUUGCUAAAGUUGGGGAUUGGGGAUGGAGAUUGAGUUUAGGAGGAGCUAUUGUUCCAGCAGUUAUAAUAAUGUUGGGUUCCUGUGUUCUUCCUGAGACACCUAAUUCUUUGAUUGAAAGAAACCAUCAUGACAAAGCAAGAGAAAAACUCAUUGAACUUCGUGGCGUAACCAAUGUUGAUGAAGAGUUUAAUGAUUUACUUGCAGCUAGUGAAGCUUCCAAGUUGGUUAAACAUCCUUGGAGUAACAUUUUCAAGAGAAAAUAUAGGCCUCAGCUCACAAUGGCUUUUUGCAUUCCCAUGUUCCAACAACUCACCGGCAUGAAUGUUAUUGUGUUCUACGCUCCUGUUUUAUUCAAAACUAUUGGCUUUAAAUCUGAUGCUUCUCUCAUGUCUGCCCUAAUCACCGGUAUUGUUAAUACUCUAGCAACCUUCGUUUCAAUUUACGCAGUUGAUAAGUAUGGGAGGAGAAAACUUUACAUUCAAGGAAGCGGUCAAUUGCUCAUUUGCCAGAUUCUGGUGGCAAUUGCAAUUGGGCUUAAAUUUGGAUUAAAUGGAAAUCCAGGAGAAUUGCCAAUGUGGUAUGCAAUUAUUGUGGUGACAUUGAUAUGUGUUUUUGUUGCUGGGUUCGCAUGGUCAUGGGGACCUUUAUCAUGGUUGGUGCCAAGCGAAAUCUUCCCAUUGGAAGUUCGAUCUGCUGCUCAAAGUAUCACAGUCUCAGUUAACAUGAUCUUCACUUUCUGCAUUGCACAAGUUUUUACAGCAAUUCUUUGCCACAUGAAGUUCUUCAUGUUCAUAAUGUUUGCUUGCUUCAUUGUUAUAAUGACCUUCUUCAUCUACUAUCGCCUACCGGAGACUAAAGGCGUCCCGAUUGAAGAAAUGGUUAUUGUGUGGAAGAAUCAUCCUCAUUGGAGAAAAUACUUUGACGAAACUGAUGGCCUUGAAAUGCCCAAGAAAAAUGCAGUUUAGGGUUUUCUAUCUUCAUUCUUUCGGCCCUCUAGUUUUGAUUUUUUGUUCAUAGAGUUUUGCAUGUCUUUCUACGCAAGAAUUGCAUAGAUAUUUCCUUUAUCAAAUUAAUUAGUGCAAUUUCCCCUUAUUUUUUA